CAAUUUUGCUGUUUUGGCAUGGCAGAUUUUAGAAACAAUCGCAAUGGGUUGGCCCGAACUGAAGAGAUGCUGGAUGCUGAAAAUCAGCAGCGGGUGGAGAUGUUAUCCUCCAAAGUUUCAAGGCUGAACAAUAUUGCUCUGGACUUACAAUCUGAAACAAAAAACUCCAAUCUCUACCUUGAUGAUAUGGGUGGAGAUUUCGAGUCUACUCAGGGUCUUCUCGGAGGAACUGUCAACAGAUUAUCCCACAUGGUCUCCGCUAACAAGGGAAACCGUAAACUCAUGUGUUACAUCGUCCUGGCUCUUGUAUUAUUAUUCUUCUUCUUCUACUAUGUCAUAGGCAAAGUGACUGGAGGAUGAUGGGAAAGUUGGACAGCUAGGGCAGGGUCAUCUGGGAAGGGGUAGGGAGUUGGAGUAUUUAUUGAAUGAUUGUUUUAAGAGGCAUUGCAUAACCCCUAUGAAACGAUUAUGAAUAUUUCAUGAAAGUUCAUGAAGAGUUUAUGAGGGGUAUUUGAUGAAUGAACUAUCGGUAUGAUUCAUGAACAUUCAUUAACUCAUGAAUACCAUCUCACAGGGGAAGAUUGUGUAUUAUUUUGUCAUGCCAUGAUAAUGUAUAUAUUUUUUUCAUUUUUUUUUUGUAAAUCUUGUAUUCAGUAUAAAACAUGAAUGUGAAUAUUAAAUGUCAGAUAGAUUUGUAUGGCAUACAAUCCCAGAGUUAUGUUGAUAGCUGUAAUAAAUACAUCAGUACUGGACCAAUUUUUUACAGCUUGGUACAUAUCCUCAGAAAUUAGAUAAGAUAUACUGUGUUUGUUUAGUUUGUUGUCCAAAACACUUGAAAUAUUGAUGAUUUUGAGGAAUAUGUAGGAGAAAAAAACAAAACAAAUUUACUGUUUGUGUUAAUGUCCAUUUCCUAAAAAUCCAUGUGGAACUGAACUUUUUGGCAGCAUCAAAAAAAUCUUGAUGCAAGAAAUCUGCUAUAUAUAUAAUGCAAUUGAAGAGUUGUAACAUAAAGUGUAAUUUAGUAAGCUUAUGAAGAAGUAUGAAACCUGAAACACAACAUUUAUAUUUAUCGGCUUAUCAGGUGUGGAUCAAUUUGUUGGAAUUUGAAUCAUAAAGAGGAACACCAGAUCAUGGUCCUGUUGUUAUGUAUACAAGAUAGUUUUCAAGAAAAUCUUGCUUAAAUUAAACAUUACUUUUGAAAAAUUCAUGUUAAUAUACACAUAUAUGUUACAACACAACAGACUCAUGUGUUAUGUGUUAUUGGUUUUACUUGUAUUGGGUGAAAACCAAAGGUGAGUUCAUUUAGAUAAAUGUUAAUUUACAAUGGACAUUAUCAAUAUGACAACAAGUUUCUGUGUACAGUAGUACCCAGGUUUACAGAUGCAUGUGUAUUGAGAGAUUUGUUCAGGAUUCUGUACUUCACUUCUAUUUCUUCAUUUAACAAAACCCACUUCAAUUAGUCAGAAUAUCCUUGUAAACUUUGGUUCCAUUGUAUAUCAAAGGUUGGAAGACUUAUCUUUUCAGGAUUUUACUUUUGACUUUCACUGUGAUUUUCAUUUAUAGAAAAUUUUAUGUACCGGUAUAUGAAUACACAUGUUAGUCUUUGAAUAAUGAAGGAUUAACUUUGCAGUAUAUCAUUGUUAUUGAGCCUUAGCACAAAAGCAAAGUGUACUUUAAGUAAGCCCUAUAUGCUUAGAGUACACUCUGUUUUUGUGUUAUUGAUUAAUAAUUAAAGAUAAUUAAUCCUUAUGAUUUAAUCACAGAUUGCAAUAGUUUGGACAUUUAUAGUGGAACUUUUUCUUUGACAAUUUUUUACAUUGACUCAUCAAACGUGACACUAUAUAAUGAAAUCAAUUUUUUGUAUGUUACAGUGUGAUAACAAAGUAAUUGGUCCAUGAAAAUGCUGGUCUCAUAGAGGAUAAAAUGAUUGUAUUAUGAUGGACGAUACAAUGGGAUUACAGACAUAUCAAGGAGAUUUGUUGUUUGAAUUUCUCCUAAAUCUGUGUAACAGAUACAAUACACAGUGGUGGGAAUUUGUCCCUGUGUGAAUAACUGUUUUCUGACAGGUGUAUACCAUUACUUAUCAUCUUGUAAGGUUACAACGGGUUUACAUUGUGGUAUAGAUAUAUGAAUAUUUUGUAUAGUCAAAUUAGUGAUUCUACCA